CUCUCUCUCUCUCUCUCUCUCUCUCUCUCUCUCUCUCUCUCAUUUGUUUGUACCAAUAUAUAAUUGAGGCAACCCCUGCAAAUGAUUAGUAACUAGUUAAACUACAAGAACACAAGAUGUUCGAUCGAGUGUCUCAAUGAAGUUCCUCUUUAUUUUUUCAGGAAAAAGUUUGUAUGCUUUUGUGACCAUCAAACAUGAACCUCUAUGAGGGUUGUAAAGAAAUUUUGAAGAUUCAAAAGUUUCGAAGACUUGUGUCCUACACUGGAUUUUAUUGCUUCGUUGCAGUCUUGAGCUACGCGUACACGAGCAAUACGACUAGAGCUGGGUACUCUAGAGCUGACCAAUUCUAUGCCUCUUACCCUGCUGGAACUGAACUCCUAACUGACACUGCUAAGUUAUAUAAAGCUGCACUUGGCAAUUGCUUUGAAGAGGAAGAGUGGGGACCAAUUGAAUGGUGCGUCAUGGCUAAACAUUUUGAACGCCAGGGAAAAUCUCCCUAUGCAUAUCAUGCGCAAUACAUGGCGCACCUUGUCUCCCAUGGACAACUCGAUGGAAGUGGCUAAUGGAAGGAGAAUGCAAAUCUCAAGACUAUAUAUGAGUGGAAAAUCUCUCCUUGUAUAAAUAACACUAAACUCAAAUUAAUAUCUGAGGCUACUUGAUGCCAAUUGAAACAAAAGUUAGGUGUAGAGAAGCUUGCUGAUAUGACAUUAAAAAGGACCUAUUUUUACAUUACAAGAGCUGCAUCAAGCUGCAUUCUUUGUCAAAGUGUACUGCUGAAUUCUGAUGUUUUGAACCGGACUGUCAAAAAAUAAAAGCCG